GUUACAAAAUUAAGCCAAUGAAUUAGAUUCAAUAUAUGUAUAUUUGUGUGUGUGUGUGUGCUCUUACUUCGUAUUCGUCUUUCACAGUUUGCUACGAUUGGAGGAGGCCAUGAUCUGUGUGCGAUCAUUAAAAUAUGGCAGCAGGAGGUGAUGAUUUUGAGUCAUGGCUGAGUUUAAAAUUGAAAGCUUUAAAUACCGAUGAAGGAGUUUUCAGUACGUAUAUAAAAGGAAUCUUGGAAGGAGAAGAAACACUUGAAGAUAAGACAGAAGCUUUGGAAGGUAUACUUUCAGAAAUAACGGAAGAUGAUAUUCCUACACACUGCCGUGAAAUACUUGACAGAUGGAAAAAGGUGUCACAAACCACAGAUGGGGUAACAGGAAAUAAUGCAGGCUGUGGUGAAGAUAUGGAUCUGAAGUUAGUACGGCUUCUUGAGUCACAGCCACGGCCAACCACUGUGCAACGAACAUACACAGAAGAAGAACGAAGGAUACGUGAAGCUAUAUUGGCACAGUACAGCCAGAUGUCUGAUCAAGAUGAUGAUGAUGAAUCAGAUCGUCCAAAUGAAGGCAAAGAGAAUGGUUUGGUCAAGAAUACAAAUGCAGCUGUAGUCCAACAAGCUGAAAAGGAAAAGAGAGAGAAAGCUAAAUUAGAAAGCCAGAAGAAGAAAGAGAAAGAUAAGGAAGAUAGGGAGAAACAGAAACAGCAGCAGCAAGAAAGGAAGGAGAAACGUAAGACACAGAAAGGUGAAAGACGAAGAUAGCAAGAUGAUGCAGCAGUAGCAUGUGUGUUUAUGUGUUGUGUCAUGUUAAUUUAUUACUGUUGGAUCAUGUGUUCUAGAAGUAGCAAUUAUAAUUUGAAAUUUCAGUGCACUGUUGUACAUCUGCAUUAGUACUGUGAUGGGCACAGCUCGUUUGAAACCUCACUAGAAGUGGCAUUUUUAAGUCUAUCAUAAUUCUGGGGCUCAGGUUUCAAUUUUAGUUUCUCAUAGGAAAAUUCUAGUAUUUGAAUAAGGACAAAUUCCUGUAUGAUUAAUGAAGAUAUAUCUUCUUGAUCCCCUUGCAUUGAUUCCUUUUUGUGCAAGUUAAUUGAUGCAGAAUUUGCACUCUCCACUUUCUUUCCACAACCUUUCAGUUUUCACCUUUGCCCCUUGUCUUGUUUUGUUCUAACACCUGUCUGAACCAUCUAAUUCUGGUUCAUCCCCCAGAUUACUUUCAAAUUUCAGUUCUCUUGCCCUUCUCAGAGUACUUUUCUGUCAAGUCUUUUCACGGCGUAUUGCUUCCAAAUGAUGAUGACCCCUUGAUAACUGUCAAAAGUACACAGCAGGAAUGAUUACCAGAAAUCACAUACAGUGGAAGUUCAUUGUAAUUAUUAUGGUCUUUAUCGUAUGCUUCAGAUCCCAUAGGAAGUCAUCAUAUAAAUACAGAUUUUGAUGCUUUCGCUUUUAAUUAAUGUCUGUCAAUCUCUUAUUACUCCUACUUGCAAAGGAGUAGAACUUUGUGGCGACGGUCUCAUUUCUCACAGGAACGGUAGUAGGUAAGCUCAUCUGGUAAUAGCAUGUGCAAUGAGAAGAUGUGCUUAUGGAGGAUCUUUGUUUUAGGAAUAAUACAAUUUUUAGGGAAUUGUGCACAAAUGGAGAAUAGACUAGGAUGUUUAAGGUUACUUGCGAGUUCAUUUGUAAACAUAGUGCAGUUCAUAACUAGACCAGACUGCUGCCUUGUUUGUUCAGUGGUUGCAGUAGUAGUGUACAGACAGUGUUCUCCACAAUGUGUUUACGGAACUCGAAGCACGAAUGUCCACUGUUAUUGAAUACUCAUAUUUCCUUUUGUGUAUUAACUUCAAAUUUUAUAAUUUACACAUAGUUUAUAUAUUACAGAAUAAUUCCUUUCUAAACUCUCACACUUUCAUCUGUUGCAAUAAAAUUACUUCACACGUUUGCUGUUACGUUUUUAGAUUGAUAUAUACAUUUUGUUGUUCUAAACUGCUGUAACGAGUCUUCGUCUUAGCAUAAUUUUUUGUUGUAUUACGAAUUCUUGUUACAACAAACUUACACUGUAAUUCACAUACAUAAUAGAAUGCUCUCAUACCCAUAAUUUAUUGUCACAUGUUGCCUAUGUAACGCGACAAAUAAGUUCAUGCAGGUCUUGGAUUUGGCAAAUAUGUUUAUUGAAUGCUCACUUUUACACAAGCGAGUACAAUUGUGAUCACUUAUAACAUCUGCGGAUGUUUCUUCUUCACUGUUAUAAUUACUUGCACUGCUAUCCUCGGCCAAGUGUCUUGGUCCCUUGUCAAAGAACUCUUCCUGCUAGAGUCGAAUGCAAACUCAAUACAAAUUCAACUGCUAGAUUUGAACUCUUCUUGGUGACUGCUAGAACUCCACUGUCUUAUCUGGUACAUUCAACCCCUUUAAAUAGGCCUUUUGCAGACUGCUUAUGGAACCCCUUUCUCAACAAUUUGGUUUUCCCACUGUCAUACAACUUUUCAAACAAUUUGUUGUUACCAUUUAAACUCACUGUUAGAAUUCCAGUGCUGCAUUCCAUUCCGCUCUCUAGUAAAUGUUAUUCAUUGACCAGCAAUGAAUGCUGAAAUAUGCUCCAUAGUCUGGCUUUUAGGCAGCAUGUCACAUUAUGUUGCAAAAUGUAUACUGCACCACAUUUUGCUGGUAGUGUUGAAUCUGUUAUAUGUGGGAAGGCCAUUGUAGGGCAUCUUGCAUGAUGUCAGUGUGGCCAGUAACAGUGUACUGUUAUAACCCUUAUAUAAUAUUGCUUGAUUUAAGAUUUCAGCUCUUUCGACAUUUGGUUUCAAAGAUUUCAAGUCAAUAAUUUCAGUGUUUAAUUACCUCCAUUUAAGUUUUCCUUCAGUUUAGUAUUAAAAUCUACUAUUCCCAAAAUAAAACUUAAAUGGGGAUUUCACUGUACGUGUUUUGCCAUAUUUUCGCAGGCAUUCAGAGUUGUUUGUAUGAUUCUGCAAUGAAAGGAUGGGUAUUUGUUAACGAGAAGAUGUUGGCAUGUAUCCAUGUCACAGUAGCAAAAUCAUUCUCAUGCCUUGUGUUUGAACUACAUUUAGAGGACUUCUCUAAGUAUUUUGAUUGUCACAUUUAGAUACAGUAUUAAUAAAUUAAUAUAUUAAUUUUGUGUGAUUGUUUUAAACUUUCUAGAUCUCAUCACACAGGAGUGAGUAUAUACAGACAUUCUCGGUACUCAGAGGAGUAAUAAUUUAAAUUUAUAAAGUUCAAUCAGUUUCACAUAUCAUUUUAAUUCUUUAAAAGUUGUUUCAUGCUUCAUAAUUGAUUUCCAGUUGAUAUACUUUAAUGUGAUAUUUAGAUUAUAUGCAUUAUGUAUUUAUCUACUGGUGGAGUUUGUAUUUUAUUUUACUGAAUCAGUUCAUUCCACUUUAUAUAGGGUGUCCAGAUGAAAGGUAUCCAAAAUAACAAAUUUCUGUCUCGGAAACUAAUUUUCAUACACUUCUCCGGUUUAUAUCAUCUGAAAGGAAAACUCUGAAAGUUUUUUUAUAUCCUGCUUACGCACAUGGGCCGCCACAUUUCUACCACCAUGUUAGGAAUCGCCUGAACAGAGAGAUGGCCGGCAGAUGGAUCGGCAGAGGUGGAUCAGUUGCUUGGCUUCCUAGGUCACCAGGUUUAACCCCAGUGGAUUUUUUCUUGUGGGGUUAUGUGAAGAACAUUGUCUACCAGGUUAAGAUCGAUGACAUUCAACACUUGAAAGACUGCAUAAAGGACGCUGUGGCUACGGUAACACCAAACAUGCUUCAAGCAACGUGGAACGAGGUCAAAUAUCAUCUGGAUACUUGUUGUGCAAUCAAGGAAGCUCACGUUGAACUUUACUGAGAAAGUUAUAUGCGCAGAAAAAAACUUCAAUAGUUCCCUUUGUAGUUGCGUACCCCAUAAAUGUGUAUAAUGAAUGCUUUCUGAGAUAUAAUUAUUUUAUUUUGGAUGCCUUUAUUUUGACACCUCUAGUUAAUUUCAUAGGAAUCCCCCCUACUCUCACUGUAAAGCAUUUCUCAAAUUAUAUAUAUUUAACAAACUGAAAUUGAAGUCUGAGCCUAGAGAUUAAUUGAAGUACUUGUAUAUGGCAUAAAUAUAUUUUUAUGCUUCAAAUUAAGGUUUUAAAUUUUAAUCCUAACUUUUUAAGGUACCCGCUGAACUGGUGUGUUUGUAACACAGUGUUUGUGAUCCUUUAAUUACCUAGUUGGAUAGCAGGGUACAAAUAUUAGUAGAAAAGUAAUAAAUUCGUAUUGAAGGAAACAUUACUGCUUCAUAAAAGUAUUUCCAAAUUUGUGGUAAUCAGAUGUGUGCUCAAACCAGCUGUGUCCAUGCUGCCCAUCAGCCCUUGAGGCUGCUGUUGUAUGGCUAGCUUUAUCCCUUGCUACUUCCUAGGAAAGUUACUUGGCUGACAUGUUCUGCUAAUACUGUUGCAGAUGUAACAGAUAAAGGGUUAUGUCUAGCUCCGUUGGAAUUGCAGCUCUCUAUAUUUGUUUGUACAUUCUCACAUUAUCCAUGUCUUUCAUUCUGUUUCAAUGGUUUGCUUCCUUUCCUUAGAUAAAAUGAGAUUUAUCAGUAACAAAGAUUAUAAUUAUAAAUAAUCUGUAUUGGGAGUGACCAACUAUUUUAGCUCUUGCAGUCACAGGGCAUGACUGGAAAACAGUGUAUAGAUACCAGAAGCUUUUAUAAUGAAUGUAAAAUUCAUUCAUCUGCAUUCUGAUAUCUGAGCUGAAUUGAGCUUUUUCUCAUAUUUCACAUAUAAUUUGUAGAGUGCAUAAUAUGUCUUCACAUUUUUCAUACUGUCACUUCUGGUCAACCCUCUGUAGGAAUGGAUACAUUUUUGGUUAACCUGAAUAGCCUGAUCUUUGCUAAAUAAUGUUAUAAACUGUUGUAAGGGUGAUUGUGCCAGAAAUUCAGGACAUUUGGCAGAGAACUGAGCUCAAAACUGACUGAAUUGGGUGGAUCCCUCUAACUGACUGGUAUUUACUUACAUUAUGACCUGUAAACUGUAGUAUUUGUUGAAAAACCACAAUUGUGGGACAUUACAUCGUGUAGUUUUCUCAUAUAAGUGUGAUUUCUGUGUGACUAUAAAUUUUCACCCCAAUAACUAUGCAUAUUUUAAUAUGUGUUGUACAUCUUAGGUAUAGUUAUUCAUUGUGUAGCUAUGUAAUUUCAGUAUUGAAAUUAUGUGUAAAUCAAAAUAUCGGUGUUAAUUACAUGACAUGCUGAUCUAGAAAGAGGAGGGUGUGAGUCUGAUGUAACAAGUAAUAGACAGCAGUGGUUUGUAGGAAGUGCCAUUACCUGUGUAGUAUCUUGGUCUUAUAAGUGAUAGCAGAUUGAAACCACUUAAUAUUGCACAACUAAGAAGAAUUGCAUAAUGGCUUUCUUCUUCAUACACCAUUCUAUGCAGGUAUUUCUAUACAAAUAGUGCUCAUUUUUCGAAAAUUUGUAUUGACUGAUUGGAUAUAUUUUCACAAACAGCACUCUGAAUCAUUCAACUUACAUUAAAUUGCUUUCAGUGUAUUAUGUUUUAUGUUUAUUUUCUUUUAAGUUAUUUUUAUAGUAUUUGUAAUGAUACAGGAAUGUAAUAUGAAAUGUUAAAGAGAAAAGUUAAAUAGUAGUCAUUCAAAUUAUGAUAUGUAUAUGGGCCAUAUUAUGUAGGUAGUAGAAAUGGUUGCAUUUGCAAUUGAAAUUGAUGUAUAGAAAUUCAUGAAAAGAAAAUUCCAGGAUACUUUUUUGUAUAAGGAAUAAAAUAUGCCUUUUAGUUACUAAAAUGUUUGAAGGAAGUAAUUGAAAAAAGUAACUUGCAUCAAAGUAUGAAUGUAGAUUCUGUGUAUAAAACUGAACAUAUAUUGGCUUAAUUCAUCAGUGAAAUGCUAUCACAUAUUCAGUGCUUUUGUUUUGAAAAAUGCAAAGUUCAGUACACAGAGCAUAUAAGUUUCCCCACAUAUGCGGGUUUUGUUUCGUUACUACUGGGACCUGGAUACACACACAGAUUUUAUGUAUUUUUACAUAGGAGGCACUUAAUGCAGAGGUAAUAUAACAGUAUGUUCUUACACAUAAAACAUCUAAUAUACAUGACUCUCAGAUGGUUAGCACUUGUUUUAUAUUUGCAGGUCAUUGGUUUGAAUCUUGGCCUGGGGACUGGCUAUUUUAUUUCAAAUAAACAUAAGUUAAAGUACAGGAUUAGCCUAAAAGAAAUAGACAGUUUAAAUAACUCGUGUUCGUGAAACUUAACACGCGCAGCUCUAAAAAGUCUACAACACGUGCAAGUUUAGAACUUCAAGUUCCACAAAAGACUGUGUGGAAUAUCUUGCAUAAAUGUUUACGAAUUUUCCCUUACUGGUUGCAAUUAUUGCAGAACCUCACUGAAAAUGACAAAACCCUCUGUCACUCGUUCUGUAUGGACAUGCAGCAACAGAAUGAAGGAAGUAAUUAUUUCUUUAACCGGCUAGUUUUUGGUGAUGAAUCAACAUUCCACAUUAGUGGUAUGGUGAACAACAUUCGUAUAUGGGGAACUGAAAACCAGAGAGCUGUAGUGGAGGGAUUCACCUAAAGUGAGCGUUUUUUGUGCUGUAUCCUGUAAAAAGGUGUACCCAUGUAAACUUCAGGGCAUACUUUUCAAACAAUGUAAGUAUCUCAGCCAUGCUAUUAAAACUCUUCUUUCUGUAAAACUUUGAAUAUGUCUAUUUCUUUUAGGCUAUCCCUGUAUUUUGAUUUUAUAUUAAGCACUGUGUUGUUAUCUUUAAGCUGCCUUUACUUACUUACCUGUAUUAUUUAUUACAGCUGACAGAAACCUUUGCCAUAAGUUAUGUGGAUUUGGCAAUAAAAUAAUACAUGUAAAUAUGAAGUCAGAUAAGUAAAUAAAGAGACUGAUUUGUA